UUCACGGAAACAUUAGAUAUCCCAAGAAGCAUUGCGCGCGGCGGCGGAACUUGUUGUGUUGGCCGACAGAGACCUGAGUGAGGUUGAUGGGAAAGAGGAGGUCACUAUCAUGUAUACCUUGCUAUCUGGGCUUUAUAAGUACAUGUUCCAGAAGGAUGAGUACUGUGUCCUGAUACUGGGACUGGACAAUGCCGGCAAGACGACAUUUUUAGAACAGACCAAAAUCCGAUUCUGCCGCAACUACAAGGGCAUGAGCCUCAAUAAGAUCACGACGACUGUGGGCCUGAACAUUGGCACCAUUGAUGUGGGGAAGGUUCGGCUGAUGUUCUGGGAUCUCGGGGGGCAAGAGGAGCUUCAAUCUUUGUGGGAUAAGUACUACGCAGAGUCCCAUGGGGUGAUAUAUGUCAUUGAUUCCACUGAUGAGAUACGCCUGUCAGAGUCCAAACGGGCUUUUGAGAAGAUGAUCAGCAGUGAAGCCCUAGAAGGUGUGCCCAUCCUGGUCUUGGCAAAUAAACAAGAUGUGGAGGACUGUCUUUCCAUUCCUGAUAUCAAGACCGCCUUCAGUGACUGCAUUAAUAAGAUUGGCAAGAGGGAUUGCCUGACCCAGGCCUGCUCUGCCCUCUCCGGGAGGGGGGUGAAUGAAGGCGUGGAGUGGAUGGUAAAAUGCGUCGUGAGGAACAUUCACCGCCCCCCCAGAAAGAAGGACAUCACAUAGAGAGAAGCUUCCAUCAGCAGCAAGACAUGGGAGAGGAUGAGGAUGAUGCCCAGAGCUGUGAACACCCAUCCAGCAGACUGGAAUGUAUAUACACUCCUCCAGAAAAACGUGUAGAUAAUUUAUAUAUAGAGAUCUAUUUAUGUCCAUCCUAUGAACUCCACUUCGGGUGAUGUAAUCAGUAUGGUGACAGUCUCUGUAUAAUCGCGCCUUUGUAAUGGCUGCAUGUGACCAAAGAGGAAGUUGCUGUGUACUGGUGACCGCCACUGGAGAGAGUAGGAAUCGUUUGUAUUACUGGUUACUGCCACUUGAGGGAGCGUUCCUGUACUGCUGGCUACCACUAGGAGGAGCACUUGUAUUAAAACAUCCUUAUUAUGU